AUGGCCGACUUCGAAGUUCUGCGAGGUGCCAGUGCCUCUGCUUUGCGAGUGAGGCUCCAAGGCACGGCCGCCGUGAAUGCUGAGAGCGACGCGCUGGUGUCGAAGACCCACAAUGUCGAAGUUUGUGCCAGUUUAGGCAGUGGCCUCGGUGGGCUUCUUGGUGGUGUGGCCAGGAGCUUGCUGACCAACGAAUCCUUCUUCUUACAGACCCUGCAGUGCAAAGGAGGUUCUGGCGAAGUGCUGGUGGCACCGGAGGACCAGGGAGAUAUUGCGAUCGUUCAACUGCCAGGUCCGAAUCUAUCUGCAGUCUUGGUGACCAGUGGCGCUUUUUUGUGUGCAGAAACUGGGAUAGACACGAGCACUCGAGUGCAGCGUGCGUCACAGGGCCUCUUUAGCGGAAGCGGCUUCUUUCUCAUGCGAUGCAGUGGCCAUGGGAAACUGGCCAUGAGCUGCUUUGGUUCUUGUGUCCGAUAUGAUUUGCAACCCGGAGAAUGCCGAGAAGUGGACAAUGGGCACCUCGUUGCAUGGGGGGAGUCUGUUAGCUAUAGUGGAACUCUGCUCGGAAUCUGCGUUUUUGCUUGUUUUGUCGGUGUCAUCGUGAUCGUGUUCCUCGCCGUACUAUUUGCCUCAGAUCAGCCGCAGCUGGAACCCCGUCGGCGCUCGAGGAGGCUAUCGGACGAAUUCUGA